UAUUGAUAAACUACUACUUUAAAAUAAAUGAAAAAAAACGCGAGAAUUUCCUCUCCAAACAGUUGUGACAGUGGAAUUAAACCUCCUCGUAAAUGGAAAAACUUUGCUGAAAUAGGAUUCAAAGUUAGUAAUAUUCAAACUGAAGCUACUGUAGAUGGAAUAAAGGGUUUUUUUGCUACUCAUGGUAGUGUUUAUAAAGUAGAAAUUGUGACCAGAGAAGCUUAUGACUCUGAAAAUCCUGAACGUUCAACUGGAACUUCUUAUAUCAUAUUCAAACCUGUACCCGCUUAUCCUUUCUGGAAUAAAUCGUUACGCUUUCAUGGAAGAGUUUUACAGGUCGAUUAUCAAAAAUACAUUCGUAGUUCUGAUACUUUUUAUUCCUAUCCUGCUGAAAGUUUAGAAUUGGGUGAUUAUCUACUACCUGCUGAAAUCAAUUUUAAGGAUAUAAUUAAUGAUAUUUAUUCUGAGCUUUACGUUUCUCAACAAAGAUCUCGUGGUUCAAUUACUAUAGAAAAUAAAUAUUCUGCAAAAUGUUGGGUAUUACAUAAUAUAUCAUGUCAAAAAUCAAAAGAUAAAUUUAAUUGGUGUAUUGAUGAUUUUUGGAAACGUAUUACAAAAGAUGAUAAAAUGCCUCAUUUUCAUAAAAAUAAUGAACAACCUGGUAAAUGGCUCGUCUUUAGAAUAACUUUUGAUUUGGAUCAAAUUGGAGGUCUUAAUCGUUUUAAAAAAUUAAUUGAGAAGGCCGGUGAAUAUAAUUUGGCUCCUAGAACUUCAAGCAUUAGUAAUUUUCCAUUAAAAAUUAUUAAUGGAACUGAAUUAUGUAAACAUUUUGUGAACCGUAAAAUGUUAAACUUUAAAGUUAAUUAUAUGCUCGAAUGUAAUAUUUCUUUUAAUUACCUUAAUGAAUAUAACCUUUGUAAAGAAUUCUAUUCUUUAUUAUCUCAACAACCUACUAAAAAUUUAAAAUAUGAAAUGCCUAAAUAUAUACCAUAUUAUUGUGGUAUGGUGCGUAAAGUUAUUGUAACUCCUACUACAAGUUAUAUUUUAAUUCCAACCAUGGAAACUUCACAUAGGGUGAUCCGUCAUUUUCAUGAUAUUAUAGAAAUUCCUGAUAUGAUAGUUAGAAAUGGUUUUACUUUUUCUGAUGGGUCAACUAAUGUGAAAGAUAAUCAAGUUCAAGUUCGUCCUAGUCAACAUAAAUUUGAAUCACAUUAUAAUGUGUUGGAAGUUAUCAGAGGUUCUACGUUCAUCUCAACAUAUCUCAAUCAUCAGGCGAUUACAUUAUUGUCCGCAUUAGGAAUUCCUGAUGAAGUAUUUAUUGAAUUAAAAGAUUUACGAGUUAGGAAAUUGGAUAAAAUGCUUGAAAGUGAACAUACGGCGUUGGAUAUUUUACAAGGAAUGUCGAUGAAUAUGGAAUUUCAAUCUCACUUGCUGAACUUGUCAAAGCGGGAUUUUUAAGAAAUAACGAUCGUUAUUUGAUGAAUUUUAUUUCAUUAUUUCGUUUCAUGAUGUUAAGAGACAUUCAUCACUAAAUUUUUUAUGCGCAGUAUAUGCACAAAAAAUUACAAAAAUGUGCAAGAUUUUGUGUUUUAUGAUAAUCGAAUUGUGAAAACGCGCAUUAAUGAAAUAAUAAAUUAUAAAAUUUUGUUUACAAUGUAUUUUACAUUCAAAUAACAAUAAAAAUAACUAAUAACAAUGUUAAAUAGCG